AUGCGCACUGCUGGUGCCACAUCUGCAAAUUCGAAUUCAAGCAGAUCGCAUGCAGUUUUCCAAAUUAUGCUCCGAAAAGACAAGAAAUUGUGGGGAAAGUUUUCCUUGAUUGACUUAGCGGGUAAUGAACGUGGUCAGGAUACCGGUAACUCUGAUAGGCAAACACGACAUGAAGGAGCUGAAAUCAACAAGUCCCUGCUAGCUCUGAAGGAAUGUAUUCGCGCCAUGGCCAAGAAUAGCCAUCACGUUCCAUUCCGUACAUCAAAGCUCACCUUGGUGCUACGCGAUUCCUUCAUCGGGGAGAAAGCACGCACUUGUAUGAUAGCAAUGAUCAGUCCUGGUAUGUCGUCCUGUGAACACACAAUC